AUCAAUCUGUCCAACUGUCCAACACCUAGAAAAAAGAAAAAGUAAACCCCAAAUAAAAGAAACCCUAGAAUUUGAAAUUUCUUGCGGUAAGAGAGAUAAAAAAAUAGCUGGAUCCAGAACCGUCGAGAGGUCGCCGAAAUGCGCUUAUUCACCGGCAAACCGCCUUCAAUUUUCAUCCUCGCCGUUUUCCUCACCGCCCUUCUCCUCCCCGCCGCCCGAUCCGACCCUAAUCUGCUGAAGCUGCCGUCUGAUCAGCCAGAAAACGACCUCUGCCCGUUGAAUUCGGAACCGUAUAUGUGCCCCGUAAAAUGCUUCCGGCCCGACCCGGUUUGCGGGGUGGACGGCGUGACCUAUUGGUGCGGCUGCGCAGAGGCCCAUUGUGCGGGAGCGCGUGUGAAGAAAUUCGGUUAUUGUGAGGUCGGCAAUGGCGGGUCGGGCCCCGCGGGGCAGGCUCUUUUAUUGGUUCACAUCAUAUGGCUAAUAUUGCUCGGGGUAUUCGUAUUGUUUGGGCUGCUUUGAUUCCUUGUAACUUUUCUUACAUUUCAAUUGAGGUUAGAACUCGACUCUGAUUUUUUUGGUCAUUUGUGAAUCUACUUUUACGGAUUUAUAUUUGUAUGUAGGGGUUAUUUGUUGUAUUCUUUUUAGUCGAGGAUGAUUCAGAUUCUUUUCUAUAUAUGUAUUCUUGUUGCUUCUGAAGGAUGAUAGGAUUGCUUUGCGAAUUAUGGAUUCACAAAAAGAAAAAAGUUGAAUGGCUUUGAGUGUGUUGGCAUAUUUAACAUUUCAUCAUAUGAAUGGCAUCUGUGUGUUGUUGAUUUGAAGAAAGGCAGGCAUCUAAAA